GGUCGGCCGAGUUAGAAAUAGGGCCAUUACAGUAAAUCAAGUGCUAUAAAUUGUAAAAACUGAGAAAUCCUCGACUCGGAGAAACUGAGAUGGAGAAUAGUAAAGUGGCAGAGCUGAAGUUGUUGGUGGAGCAGUUGAAGCUCAAUCCUUCGCUUCUAGAAAACCCUGACCUUUCCUUCUUCAGUCACUACCUACACAGCAUGGGAGCCACUUUUCCACCAGCUUCAAAUUCAGGGGAUGAUGAUGUUGUAGAAUCUGAUAUCGAGUUGGAUGAUGCUGAUGUCGUAGAGUCUGAUAACGAUCCUCCACAAAAGAUGGGGGAUUCUUCAAUCGAAGUAAGUGAGGAAAAUUUGGAUGCUGCACAAGCAUUGAAAAUAAAAGCUAUGGAUGCAUUAGAGAAAGGUUUACUGAAUGAAGCCAUAGAUUACCUAACCGAAGCUAUUACUUUGAAUCCACAUUCUGCAAUACUUUAUGCUACUAGAGCUAGUAUCUUCGUCAAAAUGAAGAAACCAAAUGCGGCAAUACGUGAUGCUGAGGCAGCAUUAAAGGUCAACCCUGACUCAGCAAAAGGGCACAAAACUAGAGGUUUGGCGAUGGCGAUGCUGGGCUCUUGGGAAGAGGCGGCACAUGAUUUGCAUUUUGCUUCGAGGUUAGAUUAUGAUGAAGAGAUCAAUUCAGUACUAAAAAAGGUCGAACCUAAUGUGAAGAAGAUUGAAGAGCAUCGCCGGAAGUAUGAACGCCUGAAAAAGGAAAAGGAGCUAAAAAGAGUGGAGCAAGAGAGGCAAAGGCGGCAAGCAGCCCAGGAAGCGAAAGCAGCCACUGCUUUUAAGGAUGGGCAAGUCAUCGGGAUUCAUACUACUGGGGAGCUAGAGACUAUUUCAAGUGCUGCUUCCAAAGCAUCCCGUUUGCUGGUUAUAUACUUUACUGCAACGUGGUGUGGGCCCUGUCGUUACCUUUCUCCAACAUAUGUAAACCUGGCUGGGAAAUACCAGAAAGUUUGUUUCUUAAAAGUGGACAUUGAUGAGGCGCAAGCUGUGGCUAGACUGUGGAAUGUCAGCAGUGUUCCUACCAUAUUCUUCAUUAAGAACGGGAAAGAGGUUGACAAAGUUGUUGGAGCUGACAAAAAUGCACUUGAAAAGAAAAUUAUUCAGCAUGCUGGGUAGACGUGAUCUUGAAGAAAAGAACAUAUCUUGCAGCUGGCUGUCCUUGUCCAGUCUUGUGGCAAUAUUGUCUGUUGUUCGGCCAACUGCUUAAUAUAUCUCUAUCAUAUUAUGCUUGGACUUAUAAUACAUCUUUGUGCACUUUCACUGUUAUUGCUCCUUUUAGAAUACAAUCAGUGUAUGUUAGACAAUGUAGUGAUGUCCAAGACAUCUGGGAUUAUGAAAAACAUUUAGUAAAUGAAGAUAUGCCUAAUGUUGUGGAUGUUAUAAAGACAAGUGCUCAUGAAAAUAAAGCAGGAUUCAAUCAGCCUGUUUCAGUUUGUUGUAGAAA